CUGUGUGGUGGGAGGAGCGGAAGUUGAGGAAGUCGUGUAGUACAUCGGGGAAUGAAGAGCCCGUGUUUGUUCUAACGGUGUGCCGCUCAAGAGUCCAGGAAGCGUCAAUAAAACCAUUCUGAUACUAAACACACACACACACUGACUCGCGCGCGCGCACUUAUCAGGACUGUGACUCGAUCAGGACACUUUUGCAUUAUGCAUUCGGACUGCAGGCUGCUGGGAUGGACGCGUCGGUAAUGGUGGGCAGAGGGACCGGAGGGGCUGCGGUCUUCAUCCUGAUCGUCUUCAUCCUUCUCCUUGGUGCCAGAAGCUCGCGGGCACAGAAGGGGGAUGGCUGUGGACACACAGUGCUGGGUGUGGGCAGUGGAAGCCUGGCAUCUCUGGGAUACCCUCUGUCCUAUCCCUCCAACUGUGUAUGUGAAUGGGAGAUCAGCGUGACCAUUGGACACACAAUCAUUGUGCACAUUGCGGAUCUUGACAUAGACACAAAUAACUGCCAAGUGUCUUACCUACGACUCUAUAAUGGCCAUGGACCAGGGCGAAUGGAAAUUGUAAAGUUUUGUGGAGGGAGAGAAUGGAAAGACGCUGUCAUAAAGUCUGAGGGGCAUCAGGUCACAGUGCAGUUCAUGAGUGGACCACACAACAACGGCCGUGGCCUCUUCCUCUCCUACACCAAAAGCCAGCACAAGGACCUCAUCACCUGUCUGGAAAAAGGAAACCACUUCAGUCAAGCGGAGUUCAGUAAAUUCUGUCCUGCUGGAUGCCUGACUGAUUUCGGAGAGGUUUCGGGAACCAUACCGCAUGGAUACAGAGAUUCUUCUCCUAUCUGUCUGGCCGGGAUACAUGCGGGUGUGGUCUCCAACACUCUGGGGGGGCAAAUCAGUGUGGUCAGCAGCAAAGGCAUCCCACACUACGAAAGCUCACUGGCCAACAAUGUAACAUCUGUGCCUGGAAAUCUCUCCCCCAGCCUUUUUACUUUCAAGACCAGCGGUUGCUAUGGCACUCUGGGAUUGGAGUCAGGGGUGGUCAGUGAUUUUCAGAUCACAGCCUCCUCAGAGUGGGAAUGGGGCGGUCACGGAAAGGAGCCCACUGUCUGGGGCCCCACAGGUGCUCGCCUCAAAUCACCGGGACGUCCGUGGGCAGCAGCCAACAGCGACACAAAAGAAUGGAUUCAAGUGGACUUGAAGAAAGAGAAAAAAAUAACAGGUAUAACCACCACUGGCUCCAGCCUCCAAGAAUAUCAGUUUUACAUUUCAGCCUAUGAGGUGUUUUAUAGCCACGAUGGACAGCAGUGGAAACCCUAUCAAGAAGUGGGAUCAGAUAAAAACAAGAUUUUCCAAGGCAACACCAACUAUCUCCAGGAAGUGCGGAACAACUUUAUUCCUCCAAUUGAAGCACGCUUUAUCAGAAUAUGUCCCUUGCAGUGGCACCAGAGGAUCGCCCUUAAAAUGGAGCUGCUGGGCUGCCAACCUCAUGCCGCGAGGCCAAGAAUCUUCCAUUCAGCUCCUCCUCCCCCUCGCAGAAAAACCACAGUGCCCCCCCUACAGGAGAUGACGACACACACACCCAACAUCCGAAACACCACCAUGCCUCCGCACUCUCACGAUGAAGUGGCGCUGGUGGCAGUGUUGGUUCCUGUAUUGGUGGUGGUCCUGACAACCCUGGUGUUAGUGAUGGUGUGCUCCUGGCUGUGGAAGAACAGAAAAAGCCCAGAGGUGACUUACGACCUUCCACACUGGGAGCGCACAGUGUGGUGGAAGAGUAUGAAACAGUUGCUGCCCUCUAAGUUGGAUGGAGAAGACUGUGUUCGUUACAGUACCACGGCACGAGUAGACCACCAGAGACCCCGGGUGGUGCCUGCAGAAUAUGCCCAACCACUUGUCACCGGUACUAUGGCCUCUCUUGGACAAAGGUCAACGUUUAAGCCCGAAGAGGCUGGUGGCCCCGAGUAUGAUGCACCUAUUCCCCCGGAACAUUACCAUGCUUACGCUGAACCCCUUCCUGCUUCUGGCACUGAAUACGCCACGCCAAUCAUGAUUGACAGGGCUAACCACCUAUCAGGAGGCACUCUACCAUUCAGGGGGCGUAGUUUAGUGGCUCGGACAGACAGCAGCCAAUCAGCUAGCUCAGCCUAUGACACACCCAAGAGCACAUCUGAUCAAGCCACACCCACAGAGGGACAGUUGUACCAAGUGCCACAGAAUACCCACAGUGCACAGUCUCAGAACCAAGACUGACCAAUCACAAAAGGGCGGACCCAUUUGGAAACCCUGGGCUGAACACUACCUUUCCCAGAACUCUGCAGAUCAGAUCAGAAUGUGCCGUCUCAGAUUGUACACCGUGUAAGUCCUAUCACUGAAAUAACACACAGGAAUGUCAGGGGAGAGAGAACAGCGGAGAUCUCGUUACACUACUGUGUUCUGUAAGUGUUGUGUGUGUUCAUACGUCUAAAUGUGUGUGUACGAGUGCAUAUAUGUGACUGUGCUCUGCUAUCAAACUGUGAGUCCUUAGAUAUCUGUGCAUUUUUUUCUGAGAGCGGAGAUGUAUUCAACUUGAUUUUCCCUUUAGGCAAAGAUAUAUUCCGCCCUCACAGAAUAACAAAUGAUCCCAUUUAAAAUUAAUAGACAAACACUCUUAUAACACUGUGAUUCAUUUGGCACUGUUGUAUUGUAUUCUGAUGUUAUAUAGGUGCCUUCUUUGUGACAUAGCUACACAGGCCUGUGCUGGUUCCUCUAGUUCUGUUCCAAAACCUAGUGAGUAAACUUGCCUACAUAGACAUCUUCCUAAACAAUGCAGCAUACUAACUUAUAGGGGUGUAUAUCUGGCAUUGAUUUACUUAGCCAAAGAUACAAUAUUUGCCCGUACCUCAAAGCAUGCUGUGAUUUGGUUAGUUUAAUAGAUUCAGGGGUCGGCGAUCGAUAUAUCAAUAUUAUGAUGUUACGUGUCCAUUUUCUUUUUUUUUUUACUCACAAAUCCAAUCAAAAUAUAACAUGAACAUAUAAUUAAACUAUUUGAAAAUUGCAAAAUUGCAAUUCCUGUAUCUUAGACAAAAAAAAAUCAAGUCGCACAUGUCAAGAACAUCAGUAAUCUAAUGACAGCAAUAACAUCAAAGAAGUGUUUCAGUCUUCUGUGCAAAUCUAGUGUCCCCAUUAAGAAAUACAUCAAAAUUAGGUACUCUGUUGUUGAAACAAUAUAUUUAUACAGAAACAUAAAUGUAUAUUAUAUAUAAACAAAUGUCAAAAAUAUGGUUAAAGCUUAAAAUAUUUGAUUAAAGCUCAAGUGACAAUAUGAUGUCUCAUUAUAACAAAUUUUCUAGUAAACAUUUAGAUAUUUCAAAAAUAUAUAUCUUUAACAUUGCAUUGAUGCACCACAUCUUUAGUAACUGAUUUAAAGCUUGAAUACACAACUUUUUUCCUGAAUUUUGCCCAAAUUUACAAUCUGGAAAAAUCAAUUCUUGAUGCCGAAAAAGUCACAGCCAGUCUGCAAAUUUGAAGCGACUGAUUUCACAUUAGAUUGUGUUGACCACAAACUCCCAAUGGUGCCCAGUUUUUCCUCCGUAACCAAAGUCUGCAAAUGUGUGAUGCCUAGUGUUAAAAAUCUUGUAGUGUAUUCCAGCCAUUAUAUGGAAACUUAGGGGUAACUAUUUUGCAAUGCUUAAGAAUGGUUAGCAUGUUGCUAAGCUAACUCAACAGCAGUCUAAUAAGCACAAAAAUACAUUUUACACACAAAUAUUGGGCAAAAUAGUCAGUUUUUACAUAUAUUUAACUAGUUAGGCUAUAGAUAGUUUUCAUUAUUGAAUGAUUUGGUUAUUUAUAAUUAACAAAAUAUUUGUUACAACAUGUCAGCCAUCUUGGAUGAACUUUUUUCACUGAACUCACUGCAAUUUGCAGUGCUUUUUAGGCGAAAACAUUUUAUGCCUUAAAAUGCUGUCUUGGUAUGCAGCUCACAAGGUAUUGGAACAGAUGUUGGUAGCGUGCAUUGUUUAGUUUAGUCUGAAUGAAUUAAAGUAGAUUAACAUUUAUUCAGCGCAGGAACUAGCAAGGCCUUUCUUAAAAAUAAUGGUACUGCAAUGUUGCAGGUUCUGCAUUUUCAAUUUCCAUGGAAAAGUCCUCCGUGCUUGACUGCACAUACACAUUCAUGCCAAAUAUAUUAUUAGUCAUGCACGUCAAUACCUGUGCCACGCAAACAUCCAUUUUAUUUUUCCUGCUGAUGUGUCUUGUAUUAAUACUCCCAAACCACUAACAGGUCAGGUUUAAGCUACCAAGCAUGCACUGCUUUCAUGGUUACACUGUCCUAAUGGGUACCUUUACCAGAUGUGACCCUAUAGCAGUCAAAGGUUAAAGAGCAAAACACAGGAUGCCUACAUUCUUGCCUAUAACACUCUGUGCAUUGCUCUGUGCCAAGUUGUCUUUAUAUGUCUUUUUUUUUUUUUUUUAAUCGUUGACUUGACCAAACAACCUGAUGGAUAAUCAGUCCAAGCAUAUUAUCCAUUUGAUUUAAUGUUAUCAGACCAAACAUUGCCUCACACUAUGGAUUUUGGAUGCCAGGGUGAUGUAUGUUCAGAAUCAGAUUUGUACACUGUUACAAUUGUCCUUUACUACAAUAUAUAAAAAAAGUCAUAUUUCGGUACUUGCGAUAGUUUACUGGCUUAAAGCAAUGCAAUGUCCACAGUGGUGUCUCUGUGGACGUGCAUGUAUGUUUAAUGUCUUUGUGAGUUUAAAAGUAAACCAGAUUCAGUCGUGUAUGUGCAUGUCUGCUUAUAGUUUUUGAAAUCCUGUCAGAGUUGUAUGUGAUGUGUUUCUGUGCAAGUCUGUUUGUGUUCAUGUGUGUCUGCUGUUCACUGUACAUCUGUCUCUAAAUGAUGAUUGGUACUGUAGAUUGAUUGUAUAUAAAACAAUUUUAAAUGUUAAA